AUGGUCUUUGGCUUUUCUACCGGGAUUCGUGCCGUCUACUCGGUGCUGGACAAUCCUUCUUUCGUCGCUGAACCGUGGUACGUGUAUCCUGCCAAGCACAAAUCCAACGGAAAACAUGUUUCCGUGUACAUCUUCGACAAGUCCAAGUUUGAGCAGCGGGUGACGAAACUAUGCUCGUCAAGGCUGAAUACAAAAAAUCCAAAACUCAUUGCCAGUGAAAGUAUCGAACUACUCAAGUACGAGGUGAGCCAAAUGUCCAAGUUACGACACCCACAGAUCUUGACCAUCUACGAGGUUUUGGAGGAAACAAAACUGAAACUUAUAUUUGCUUCUGAGCAAGUGGUGGACUCGCUUCUCACUAUCCAAGUAUCCAAACUAGAUGACAUCACUAUCCAGAAAGGUUUGCUUCAGGUAUCCAAGGGGCUCCAAUUUUUGCACAACCAGUGCCAUGUAGUACAUUUCAACCUUCAACCUUCGUCUGUGUUCAUUAAUACCCAAGGAGACUGGAAAAUAGCCGGGUUCAGGUUCUCGCAGAACUUGAACGACCUCUCUCCAGAAGACCGUGAAAACUUCUUUAUCAUGAACAAUGCGUCCAUCGUGCCGUUUGCAAACCUAAACCUCAAUUACACGGCUCCAGAGCUCUUGAUAAGCCUGACUCUGAAACUCGACACAGCCAACGAUUUGUGGUCGCUUGGAUGCCUAUGCUACUAUUUAUACAACGGCGGCGACCAGCUCAUCAGCUGCUUUGACCCCAACAGCAUCUCGGACUACAAAACAGAGUUCAAAAAGUUUGAGCAAAAGUUCUACAAUCACAGACCAUCUGAAUUAAAGUACUUGUUGAAGCAAAUUCCCGAACAAUUUUAUACCAUUCUCACUGGUCUUUUAGCACGAUAUCCCCAUGACCGGCCAUCCAUAGACCAGUUCAUCGACUCGGACUUCUUCAAUGGAAGCUUGAUCAAGGCCAUGUGGAUAAUUGACGAGUUUUCGACCAAACUGGCUGAUGAGAAAAGGGUGUUCUUGGCCGGUCUUCUUGAAGGCUCUUCAAACCAAAACCUUCUUUCUCAGUUUCCAGCGAUGUUCAGGACAUCAAAGCUUUUACCCAUUGUCAUAGACUUGAUAGCAACAGAGGUCAACAUUCCAAACGAUAAGACGGAAACCGAUGAGCUUGUUGCAAAUGCAUUGAAGAUUGUCUUUAAAAUCGGAGAGUCGUUAUCGUCUCUUUCUUUCCACGACAAGAUAUACGAAUCGCUUCUCAAAGGUGGUCUGAAAUCGAAGAAGCAGGACAAAACUACCUUUGCAAAAUUGUUAAACUACACCGUCAAGGCGCGGCUCACCAUAGUGGAAAAUAUACCCAUUAUUCAGUCCAAACUCAACGACCGCCAAUUGACAGAUACGUUGAGCAUGAGUGCUGAGCUCUUUUUAACAUCGUCAUCAACAGAGGCUGUUCACAAAGAACAACAGAUUUUAUUGCAGGAUACUUUUUUGGCACAGCUGCCUUUGUUUGUCAAAAAGUUUGAUUUCCCAUACCUCAAAAACACAUUUUUCCCGCUACUUUGUCAGGUUUUCAAAACAACCACAGUUCUUUCAACCAAGCUUGCAACCAUCGACGUUUUUCUCAAGUAUCUUCAGGAUAAAGUCAUAGACAAAACCAUAGUUACCGAGCAGUUAUUGCCCAUUUUGAAGAAAUUAAAGAGCAGAGAUAAACGGAUCAUUAAGGAUGUGCUUGCAUUAUUUGGCGAGAUCUGUGCGAGCGAGCAUAUUGGCCUCGAUACUACACCGGUUAUCGAGACGAUUCUUCCACAAUGUUGGAAGUUGGCAUUCGACUGUAACGACUGUUCCAAGGUGGAAUUUAACCAUUUUAUGCGUGUGAUCAAUACCAUACAAAAGAGCGCCAUUGACAAGAAAAUGAGCACUCUUCCUGACACCGUUUCCAAGACCUACCAUACUGAGUCUGCAACCCCAGAUUUUGAGUCGAUGAUCAACACCGAGAACAUCAAUAGAAAUAACCAAGAAGCAAUGACAAAGGCGCCUCUGUCUGGCGUUAUGCUCCCAACGAAGCGGACAGAAACUAGUGCCAAGCAGACUCGAAAACCGAACAAAGAAGAUGACUAUGCAUUGAAACCUCGUCCCAAGCCAAAGCCCAAGGUGGUGUCCAAGCCAUUGGUUCCCAAGCCAUUGGCCAACGAUGCCGCGAUUCCAUUACGAUUUGGAGCUACAAGUGCACACAGCAACUUGGUGAACAAGGUAGAGGAGAAAUGGAACAACCACAAACAGUUUGAAGAUGAUGAAUUUGACAGUUUUCAGCAGGCCGGUGUUCGCACAGAAAUGGCUGCGAAUCAGCCGCAAAUUCAACUGCAAGUCCAAUCGCAACCACCGCAAAUACCGCAAAUUAACGGCUGGAGCACUCAGGUUCCGCUCGCGCCCACGCCCAGAAACCCACCGCCCGGUUUCACGGGACUGGUCUUGACACCCAACUCGACGGGAAAACAAAAGAUGGACGAUAGUCUUAUAUAA